UUACACUUAGAGUACUUGAAGGUCAGUUUGAAUUGCCCGCUCCCGUUGAUUGCGCACAGCUCGGUAGACGGUCGACAUCUGGAUCAGGUGGUCGUUCUGGAUCAGGUUUCUGAUGGCGAUCUCUAUGGCGGCAUAAGUGCCAGUGCGGCCGACUCCAGCGCUGCAGUGUAUAAGUACGGUGCACUUCUUCUCGAUCGCCUGUCGCAGAAUCGCAAGUCGGAAUUGGCGAAACGAAGUUGGAUUGUCAGGGACGUCAUGAUCGGGCCAUCCAUCGAACCGGAAAUGCCAAUGGGCUCGUUCCCUCUCAGUGCGACGUUGAACAAUGUCCUUUUCACAUGCGGGUUAGAAGGCGACUCCUGCGUCUGGCUCAUUUGUUCCACUGUGACGUUGCCAAAUUUGGUCGAUUUCCCCUGGGGAAAGUAGUCGGCACAUUUUCUCCGACCAUCCUCGACGUACUGGCAGAGUUG